AGCAUGUUUUGACAAGCCGAGUUGUUGAUGACACCUAGCAGAACGACGCUGCCUGCAGUGACGCAGCAUGUCGUCUGUGGGGGCAAAGUCUGAACUGCUUAAUGUGCUUGGAGAUGUGAAAGUUCGAGUACAGGACAAGCUUGGAAUUGUGGAUUUCCCCAUGCCCCAGUUCAUCUUGCUGGGAAGACAAUCGGUGGGCAAAAGUCGUUUGAUUGAGGCUCUUGCCGGAGAGUGCUUCAACUUCAUCUCAGGCACCUUGGGAAGUCGAAGGCCAACCAUCUUGGAGUUCCGACAUGCACCAGGCUACACCAUCUCCAAAUGGUUUGUGCGUGACCGGAAGACGAACCAUUGGAUGGAAUACCCCAUUGAUCAGGUGAUGAAGAUCGUAGGAGAUGCGCAUGAGGAGUGUGGAGCAUCCGUGAGCCAUGAGGCCAUCUACGUCCGCAUUGAGUCCAGUGCAUGUGUGGACAUGCAAAUCGUGGAUCUACCGGGCUUUCGGGACUUUGCAAUUGAUACAGGAAAGCAAGACCUAGCUGACAAGAUCGAGACAAUGGUCAUGACCUUCAUGAAAGACAAACGGAAUGUAAUGCUUUGUGUUGAGCAGGCGGGUGAUGCUGCCACAAUGUCAACCUUGGCAAAGUGCCGCAGCUUGGACCCAGAGUUCAAAAGAACGAUUCUCAUCAGAAACAAGUUGGACAAGUACUACAAUGACUUGACACCUGACAACGUGAGCAAAUGGGUCGAUGGUUUUGGAGACUUGCCUGACUCCUUGGUGAGGUUUGCACUUACACUCCCUUGGUGGCAUGAUGGAAGCCCCAUGCCCAAGCCAUUCAAUCAGAUCAAGGACGAGAUGGAUGCAAAUGACAAGAACCAGAUGGCUUCCAAAGGUCUCAGUGACAUGUACAUGGACACAAUCGGCUUCAAGAAUUUUGUGAAAUUCAUGGAGAAGAAAAUCGAGCAGAUGUUUGCUGAAGCCAUUGAUCCAGUUCUAACAAACUUGAAGGACCUGAAAUCCACUGCUUCGAAUCAGAAGAAGGAUCUUGAAACCGAAUACAAUGACACAGACCCACACCGUAUUCUCAGCACGACCCGUGACUGUGGCAUCUCCUUUGCCACUGCCUUGACACAUGUCAUGGAAGGUGUACUAGACCUACAGCCAGUGAUGAACCUGGACGAAGAGCUUCGUGCUUUCCAUCAUUACCAUGCUACUUUGGGUUCCAACCACUUCAGCCUGUUGCCAUCGGAAGACUUUUGUUCCCUGCAGGAUUACAUUGACUACCUUAGGAACGAGAUCCAGAUUGGUGCAUUUGAUGUGGAGGUGAACGGUGGUGCUCAGUUUCGCCGUUUGAUGAUGGAGGUGGAGAUUUUUCUUCGCUUUUCGGAAAUCGCCGUAGAGAUCAAGAAGCGCGAUGUCAUCCAGGCGCGUGGUGUCUCCAUGAGCUCCUUGACAUGGCGCGAUGUGGUGGUGAAGCUUUUAUCCCAUGAAGCACACUUACCCUUGCAACGCCGAGUGGCGUAUGUGGGGGAACGAAUCAAGUGGUUCUUCGAGAUACAGAAGGAUGCUGUAUUGGAGUUCAUGGAGAAGCUUGAAGGUUCACCAACAGCAAAUUUGUUCUCGCCACUUUACCCGAAGCAUGCAAAGCUUAUCAAGCAGAAUGCCAUGAUCAAGCAUGCUGUUUGGCAGACCUACGAUCAAACCUGUGGUCGACAGCUUCGCCAGUUUGUGGAACUUUUUGAAAACAUGCUGACAUCGACCUUUUCAAAUCCAUGGGUCUUCUUGAAGGGAGCCACCACGAUCCCCGCCAUUUCUGGUGAUUUGGAGGAUGCAAUGCUGCCUUCUUUUGAUGACACCAAGAAUCGAAUUCCUCGGGAGAUCGAAAGCAGAAGUGGCAACGAAGUUGCCAUUUCACAUUGGCUUACAAAGAUCCCAGCCGAACCCCACGAGAUUGACCAAGCAGUGGACAAGGUCCAGAUCCUUGUGCUGCACACCUACAGCUUCAUAAGAUCUCAAGUGUGCGAUCAAGUGGAACUCUUUUCAGAGUCAUUCUUCAAGUUACCAAUGAUGAGAAGGCUAGAGGAGGACAUGGCAAAGAUUGAAUUGACUCCUGAAGACAAAGCCAACUACCAAGCAAGAAGAGAGCGGUUGAAACCAGAGAUCAAGUUAGCCGAGGAGAGCCUCGUUGAAAUCGACUGGUGCAUUGAUCGUUUGCAGGGUUUCAAGUUGAAGUGCGAUGCGAGAGGCUAAGUGACAGGACAGAUAUAAGUUCUAGAGUUGUGGAGUGUACUUCGGCAGGACUGGUCUUGGUCCCUUCAUGCCGCAUUCUGCAAAGAGUGGAAGGGCAAGAACAACCUCCACGUUUUCUAGAGAAGCAAUAUGCAAUACAG